UUUGUUUCAGUUCUUUACUUCCGAGUGCAAGAAGAAACUUUAUUAGAUCUUUUUUAUCUUGCAGAAUUUAUAUUCAUUUAUAAAUAUAUAAUUAGAGCAAGCUGGUAGCCACCUGCUUCAGGAUCUGCUGGCUCCGAGAUCGUUUCUUCUGUUCUGUAUGUGAGUUUCACACUCUCGCUCGUUCUGACUUGCUUGGCCAGAAGUUAUUGCAAUGGCCGAUCUCGACACCAGUCCGAGCAGUCCUCCGCCAGAUUCACCAUCCACUCCACCUGCCGAGACGGAUCACCCCACCUCCGGAUUUGCCAAUGCCAUCGCCAAGAUCCUCAGCCACACCACCACGCCCCGACCAAAGAAGCGGAUAAAGCGCGAAGUUAAAGUGGAAAACGCGGUCGGCGAUGCUCCGUCAGCUUCAGGCCCACGCGCUGCUGCCACCGGCAAUCGGACGAAAGGGACUAGUCACGACGAACCGUGGCAUGUGUUACCGGAUGUGACGCAACGGGAAAUCGAGCGGAAACUGAAUAAAGUUGCCACACGCGGAGUCGUUCAGUUGUUCAAUGCCGUCCGUCAGCAGCAGACUACUAUUGCUGAGCAGCUGGACGAAGCCGGUCCAUCCGUGCGCCGAUCGGAAAACGUCCUGAAAUCCGUGUCGAAAGGCGCCUUCCUCGAUUUACUAAAAGAUCCGUCGUCUGGCAGUGUGAAAAUUCUCAGUAAAAAUAUGCCCUUGUCCAAAACGAGCGAAACUUCUGGAGAAGGUAAACGGUGGGAAGUUUUGGAUGAUGAUUACCUUUUGAAAGCCGGGGCCACCGGAAGUGACGGUGACAACAAUGAAUCGAGAGAAUCAUCUACUGAACGCAUGGAACAAGUUUUUUAGCAUUUAACUGCUAAACCCAUAAUGUAUUUAGAUAUUUUCGACCGGAAAUAUUUUCUGUAGAUUGCAUCUCGACUUCGUAGUUUCUCUGCUCAACGCUGGCUUGUGUGAAUUUAAAUGAACGAAAUUGUAAUAUCGAAUUGCUUACAUUUUGAGCCCUUUCCGAGUAUGGAUUUCGCGUUUGGCAACGAAAAUGUAGGAUUUAGCUAUCUGUUACCUGGUUGCUUAUAGAUUUGGUGAUCUAUUUAAUUUUUCGAAAUGGCUGUGCGCCCCGACAAUCGGGGCGCAAAGUAAUAAUUAUUAAGUAUUUGUGGCCACGGCAUUACUGUACGUUGCUCUGCGCCAUGAAUUUUUUUUUCACCUUUAACACCGAUAAUCUUGCACGAUUUUUUUGUUUUUCACUAUUAACAUAACUUCUGCAGCCGAAAGUUUUAUUUUUUUCGUGGUUGGCUUUGUCAUUCAUGGUAAAGCCU